AUGAAUGAACCUCCAACGUUUGGAUCAGCGUCAGCGCUGACGGAUCCGCGAAGUCAAAACGGGGUACCUGAGCGUGCUGACGCUUUUCCUGGGCGCUACGAACAGCGUGUCCCGUUUACGGUGCGAUGCGUGCGUACCGGUAGCGAGCGCACGCAGGUUCCGCUGCGUGUUCAGCUGCGUGCAGACGGCGCUGAUCAGGAGGCUGGGGAUGAUGAUGCAUCUGCACCUCCUUGGGAGUCCUCGGAGCGGUAUGCUCGUGGAAUGGGUGUGUCUGCGGCCUCAGCGAGCGAACUGUCGACUGGCCGACGCGUCGCGCACGUCGGACCGCUGGCGCUGCGAACUUUGCGACUGCGUAUCACUGACCCCGCAGACCCGAUCUUUCUAUACGAGUGGCGCAUGACAGAGGAAGAGUAUCCACGGUUCAAGGCAGACCAGUGUCUCUUUGUUGAUUUUGGCCGCUUUCCGCGAACACUGGUGGACCUCUUCGAACAGUGUCGUCGGGAGGGAAGCGGUUUUCACGCCUUGCUCCGCCUGGAAGACGGGGCAGCACGACUUUCGGUCUUCGAAACGACAGCGUUCCGAAACUUGCCGCACUUGGCAUUGGAAUUGCAGGCAGCGAGCGGGGAACGGCUACAGCGCUACCUCGUCUCGAGUCUGCACAGCGCGGAACGGAGAGCUACCCGUUUGGAGGAGUCCAUGGAGCAGAUGCGCCGAUCACUAGACGAGCGCACGGCUCGAGUCCAGGAGCUCAUGGGACAGGUGGCGCAACUCCAACAAGAGCGCUCUCAGGCAGCGGAGGCAGCACGGGCCCAGCAUCAGGCCGAGCUCGCCGAGGUCCGCGAGCAAGCCCUCAAAGAGGCGCUCCAGAGACAGGAGCAGUGGCAGCAGGAGCGUCGUGCACUCGAAGAACGAUAUCGGGAGGAGAUAGCCACGCUCUCGGAGCGAAUACGACAGAACGAAACGGACAUGCAGCGGCUCACCGACGAACGAUACGCCCGUGAGCAACAGAUUCGGCAGCUCGAGCUACGCCUGAGCGCCCAGCAGAGCGAGCACGAAACCAUGCGGUCGGAGCUGGACAGAGUGCGCCAGGAUCUUCGGGAGCGCGCCCGUGCGGUGCACGAGCUUGAGCGACAACUGGACGCAGUGAACGCCCAGAUCCAGGGACUGGAGCGGGCCCUGCAAGACAAAGACGCCUGGAUAGAACGCAUGCGCCAGAUGCUAGAGCUUGCGAACGCUCAAAAGAGCACACUGGAAGAGACAAUUUUAGCCCAUCGGGAGGCUCGGGCACGCCUCGAACGACAGCUCGAGGCAGCAGCUGCCGAAAUAGAGCGCGGCAAUAGUCUCCUGGAGCGAUUACAGUCAGCGCUCCGCGAGGCCAAGACGAAGGCGCGACUCAAGGCUGCGGUUGCGGAGCAGCAGGAGGCGCUGCUGCGAGAGCGCCAGCGCGAGAUCGACGCUCUGAGAGAGCAGCUCACCGCGCUGACGACGCACACACGACCAUGGCGUGCCCCUGGGGCUCCCCCGGAGCCGACCUCGGCAUCAGCAAGCUCAGAAAUUUCCGCCCCCUGA